CGCCUUUACUCAGUCCCUUUCCGCUCUGUGCAGAAGACGAGAACGUGCCUAAAGGUGCUCGGUUCUUCUAGCGAAGCUAAGGCCCUUGAAUCCGGCGACUAGCACCGUCAAAAUUAGGCAUCCAGGUCCUAAACUCCGAUAAAGUGAAAGAAAAAUGGCCUCUGUCUCCGAGCUCGCCUGUAUUUACGCCGCUCUCAUCCUCCACGAUGAUGAAGUCACCGUCACGGAGGACAAGCUGAACGCCUUGAUCAAGGCUGCCGGAGUCACCAUCGAGCCUUUCUGGCCCGGUCUCUUCGCUAAGGCUCUGGCCAGCGUGGACAUCGGUAGCCUGAUCUGCAACGUGGGAGCUGGUGGUGGUGCUGCUCCUGCCGCUGCUGCUGGUGGAGCUGCUCCUGCUGCUGGUGGAGACGCCCCAGCCAAGGAAGAGGAGAAGAAAGAAGAGAAGAAGGAAGAGUCUGAGGAGUCUGAUGAUGACAUGGGCUUUGGUCUCUUUGACUAAAGUGCUUUUAGAAUAAAAAAGAAAAUCUUAA